AUGUCACGAAAUCAUUCUAAGUUACUAUUUGUACGUGCACUACUACUUGCAUAUGGUUUAUUUACUGCAAACUGCGACCUGUCCUGGGUAAGUUGAUGACUGACUUCCUUCUACAAGCAUUUUCCCUACAUUUCGCUGGAGAUUGUAGGUAGAUUUGAAGAUGUUGACUAUAACAUUCUUGGUUUAAUGCUAUCUCAACGUUUUUAUUGCGUCCUUAGACAAAUAGGAAUGACGCUUACAACCCUCCGGGUAAGACAAAUAUUUAUUACGUAGCAACUGGGCCUGUACUAUGCUCUUUGGUGAAUUCUUUCAACAGAACAUUACUACGUUUGUGUGCGCAUGCGUGCGUAACUGUGAAUCUGCAUGCGUGUGUGUCUUGUUUAGGCCUAUAACUCUGACAUUUGGACAUCAUUGGAUUGUCCUCCACACUCUCUGUCCACCUCUUCUCAGAUGAACCACCACCAUGGUAAUGAGGGCAACGCCUUCUUCGCGCUGCGGAGCUGCCACCAGGUGAUGCGCGGCGAGAGUGGCGAGUUCUUCUCCCCGGACUACCUGUGCUCCAACCCACCGCUCUGGUGCAACUGGACCAUCCAGGUAGACCCUGGUAAACGCGUGCUCCUCCACCUAGAGGACCUCACCCAGUCAGACGCAUGCAGUGGGAAGCUGGACCAGAUCCACCUGGAUGAGCCCCUGGGGGUUGCAGGGGGUCACAGGAUACUGGAGAAGUGUUGGCGUGAGGCCAAGUACACGUCCCUCUCCAACAUCCUCCACGUGGUUCAGCUGAUCAGAGGCAAACCCAGUCCGCCCCACAGGGGCUUCUAUGGGCGAUACGAGGCAUUCGUACUGCCAGUCACGUACAAUGCUUAUGGUGAUACCACCGAAGAAGACAGGAAGCUGAUGACUGAACCAAAAGCGAAAGAACCGGAACCCUUUCCCUCUCCGAGAAGUUUCACCCAGUUUCUCCCCAUGAAGGGGGGUGAACCUACAGAGGCCGUUUUACUGGAGCGGCCCACCCUGCCAGCUCAGACCAACCCGGAGGUGGUGUUUGACUAUUUCGACGAACUCACUUCCUCCUCUACGUCCAAUGAGCUUCCACCAUGGGAAGCAGAGGAGCCAAUGAUCAGACAGGGGUCCUUCAAGUUUUCUCCUGUUCAGAGAGAGGAAGAAGAUUGGAACAGAGGAGUCUCGGAGGGGACUGAAGCAGACGAGAGCCACCUGACAGAGGAAGACUGGGAAGUGGGUAACUUUAGUGGAGAUGUGGUGGACCAUGAGUCCCAUCUGCCCUUGACUCCCACUCCCCCCAUGGUGGUCACUCGUCAGGGGACAUCAUGGUCAGGGAGGGGUGCCACUCAGACCCACACAGCUCACCCUGGAAGUGACCCCUCCACACACCAGCCCCCUGUUUUGAAUCCCAAACCCUCGCCACGCACUCCGUCUGCAAUGCGAAGGAACGUGGAUGCCCAAACUCAAACUUCAAAUACCAUCCCUCCUACGGAGUCUAACAUCGUGUCACACACAGACAUGGAUGACCAAGGUGUGGAGUCUGGCAAUAAGGAAUUGCAGAAAAUGACCAUGGAUGAGUCUACAGCACCCAGUGACACCCAUACAACCAUUGAGACCCAGGAUCCCUUCGACCACCUCCCAAACGUAGUUGAACUGUUCUUCGACAGCAGACAUUAUGGUAGGUAGUCUGCAAUUUCAUUUGCAUCCUUUGUUGUCUGGUUCAUGAAAACUCUUGCAUGUUGACUUUGCAGAGAAAGCCAGAAAUCACACCGAAGUACCACACUUACCAGAAGGUGAGUUUUAGUAUUUUUUUCAAAAGGGUCGUUUUAAUACAAUUCAAAGGCUAUAACAAAAGUUGCAAGUCACUCGCCUUUGUACAAUAGUUAUAGAGCUGUGUAUGAGUAUUAAAGGAGAUGCCUACUUUCUCUGUUUCUCAGACCACCUAUUUGAGGUGGCUGUUGAAGUCAACUUCCUUGUGGCGCCAGAGGAGAAUUGGGACCAUCUUGUGAGAUCACUGUUGAUUUCAGUGAAGUCUCUGGUGAGCUAUCUCAUGAACAAUAGAGCCCCUCAGUGGAGGUGUCAUAAUACCCAUAAAACUUAGCGGUCAGACAGGGAAAUGGUACCAAUUGUUUUUCCACCAUUCAUUUUUCCCAUAGGGGAUUUUAAAGAAAGGGCUGUGUUUCAUGUAGGCUUACACUGGCGUGAGUUUUGAUAACCAUUUAAAUAUCUCUCGGACAAGGUGACUUUUAUCAAUGUAUUAGUCUAUUUACUCUCAUUCUAAAAUGCUAAUUAGCAUCAAAGUAGACAUCAUGCAAAACUACAAAUCCCUGCAAGCUCCUGCACGUCAUCUCUAGCUGACACCUUUGCUAACAGGUAUUGUAUCAAUUUAAAACUUGCACAAGAAAGUUCACAGAAUUGUCCAUUUAAAGAAAUGUAGCCAAUUUAUGAAUUACUACAUUUAGCUAACAUUAGAUAGUUAAUCCAGAGAUUUUUGCCUCGAUUCGGCAGGCUCGUCCAGAUCAUGGCAUUUGUAGUUCUUUAUGAUGGCCACAUUAGUAGCUAAUUAGCAUUUCAUUUUGGGGGGGAUAAAUACAAGCGAAAUAUUGAUAAAAGUCACCUUGUCCUAGAGAGAUUUACACGGUUAGCAAAACGUCACGCCAGGGUAAGCCUAAAAUCCCCUAUGGGAAAAAUGAUUGGACCAUUUCCCUGUUUGACCGCUAGGCUUUAUGGGAUUUAUGACUGACUGUGGUACUCUAGAACUUUCUUCAUAAAUGGAUGUCAUCUUACAGUGCCUUCAGAAAGUAUUCAUACCCCUUGACUUAUUCCACAUUUUGCUUGUUAUGGAAUAAAUUGAAUUUUUUCCUCACCCAUCUACACACAAUACCCCAUAAUGACAAAGUGAAAACAUGUUUUUAGAAAUGUUUGCUUAUUUACAGAAAUAUCAUCUACAUUUGUAUUCCCACACCUGAGUCCGUACUUUGUAGGAGCACCUUUGGCAGCAAUUACAGCUGAGUCUUUCUGGGUACAUCUCUAAGAGCGUUCCACACCUGGAUUGUGCAACAUUUGCCCAUUGACUAUUUUCAGAAUUCUUCAAGCUGUCAGAUUGGUUGUUGAUCAAUGCUAGACUACCAUUUUCAGGUCUUGCCAUAGAUUUUCAAGUAGAUGUACGUCAAAACUGUAACUCGGCCACUCUGGGACAUUCACUGUCUAAUUGGUAAACAACUCCAGUGUAGAUUUGGCCUUGUGUUUUAGGUUAUUGUCCUGCUGAAAGGUUACAUCUCAGUGUCUUGUGGAAAAGACUGAACCAUGUUUUCCUCUAGGAUUUAGCCUUUUUAUUCUGGAAAAACUCCCCUUAACGAUUACAAGCAUUCCUAUAACAUUAUGCAGCCACCACUAUGCUUGAAAAUAUGGAGAUUGGUACUCAGUUGUGUUGUAUUGGAUUUGCCCCAAACGUAAAACGUUGUAUUCAGGACAAAAAGUGAAUUGCUUUUCCACAUUUUCUGCAGUAUUACUUUCGUGAAUGUUGCAAACAGGAUGUAUGUUUUGGAAUAUUUUUAUUCUGUACAGGCUUCCUUUUCACUCUCAGUUAGGUUAAUAUUGUGUAGUAACUAUACUGAACAAAAAUAUAAACGCAACAUGUGAAGUGUUGGUUUCAUGAGCUGAAAUAAAAGAUCCCAGAAAUGUUCCAUAUGCACAAAAAGCUUAUUUCUCUCAAAUGGUGUGCACACAUUUGUUUACAUCCCUGCUAGUGAGCAUUUCUCCUUUGCCAUGAUAAUCCAUCCACUUGACAGGUGUGGCUUAUCAAGAUGAUUAACGGCAUGAUCAUUACACAGGUGCACCCUUGUGCUGGGGACAAAAGUCCACACUAAAAUGUGCAGUUUUGUCACACAACACAAUGUCGCAGAUGUCUGAAGUUUUGAGGGAGCGUGCAAUUGGCAUGCUGACUGCAGGAAUGUCCACCAGAGCUGUUGCCUGAGAAUGUUCAUUUUGGCAGUACGUCCAACAGGCCUCACAACCGCAGACCACGUGUAACCACGCCAGCCCAGGACCUGCACAUCCGGCUUCUUCACCUGCGGGAUCGUCUGGGACCAGUCAACCGGACAGCUGACAAACUGUGGGUUUGCACAACCAAAGUUUCUGACUGUUUGUGCAGAAAUUCUGUCUCAGGGAAGCUCAGCUGUGUGCUCGUCGUCCUCACCAGGGUCUUGACCUGACUGCAGUUUGGCGUCAUAACUGAUUUAAGUAGGUAAAUGCUCACCUUCACUGCCACGCUGAACAAGUGUGCUCUUCACGGAUGAAUCCCAGUUUCAACUGUACCAGGCAGAUGUCGUGUGGGUGAGCGGUUUGCUAAUGUCAACGUUGUGAACAGAGUGCCCCAUGGUGGGGUUAUGGUAUUGUCAGGCAUAAGCUACGGACAACAAACACAAUUGCAUUUUAUCAAUGUUAAUUUGAAUGCACAGAGAUACUGUAACGAGAUCCUGAGGCCCAUUGUCAUGCCAUUCAUCCGCUGCCAUCGCCUCAUGUUUCAGCAUGAUAAUGCACUGUCACAAGUAUCUGUACACAAUUCCUGGAAGCUGAAAAUGUCCCAGUUCUUCCAUGGCCUGCAUACUCACCAGACAUGUCACCCAUUGAGCAUGUUUGGGAUGCUCUGGAUCGACGUGUACGGCAGCGUGUUUCAGUUCCCACCAAUGUUCAGCAACUUCACACAGCCAUUUGAAGAGGAGUGGGACAACAUUCCACAGGCCACAAUCAACAGCCUGAUCAACUCUAUGCAAAGGAGACGUCACGCUGCAUGAGGUAAAUGGUGGUCACCAGAAACUGACUUGGUUUCUGAUCCACUCCCCUACCUUUCUUUUUAAGGUACAGUGGGGAAAAAAAGUAUUUAGUCAGCCACCAAUUGUGCAAGUUCUCACACUUAAAAAGAUGAAAGAGGCCUGUAAUUUUCAUCAUAGGUACACGUCAACUAUGACAGACAAAAUGAGAAAAAGAAAAUCCAUAAAAUCACAUUUGUAGGAUUUUUAAUGAAUUUAUUUGCAAAUUAUGGUGGAAAAUAAGUAUUUGGUCAAUAACAAAAGUUUCUCAAUACAUUUAUAUACCCUUUGUUGGCAAUGACACAGGUCAAACGUUUUCUGUAAGUCUUCACAAGGUUUUCACACACUGUUGCUGGUAUUUUGGUCCAUUCCUCCAUGCAGAUCUCCUCUAGAGCAGUGAUGUUUUGGGGCUGUCGCUGGGCAACACGGACUUUCAACUCCCUCCAAAGAUUUUCUAUUUGGUUGAGAUCUGGAGACUGGCUAGGCCACUCCAGGACCUUGAAAUGCUUCUUACGAAGCCACUCCUUUGUUGCCCGGGCGGUGUGUUUGGGAUCAUUGUCAUGCUGAAAGACCCAGCCACGUUUCAUCUUCAAUGCCCUUGCUGAUGGAAGGAGGUUUUCACUCAAUCUCACGAUACAUGGCCCCAUUCAUUCAUUCCUUUACACGGAUCAGUCGUCCUGGUCCCUUUGCAGAAAAACAGCCCCAAAGCAUGAUAUUUCCACCCCCAUGCUUCACAGUAGGUAUGGUGUUCUUUGGAUGCAACUCAGCAUUCUUUGUUCUCCAAACACGACGAGUUGAGUUUUUACCAAAAAGUUCUAUUUUGGUUUCAUCUGACCAUAUGACAUUCUCCCAAUCCUCUUCUGGAUCAUCCAAAUGCACUCUAGCAAACUUCAGAUGGGCCUGGACAUGUACUGGCUUAAGCAGGGGGACACAGGAUUUGAGUCCCUGGCGGCGUAGUGUGUUACUGAUGGUAGGCUUUGUUACUUUGGUCCCAGCUCUCUGCAGGUCAUUCACUAGGUCCCCCCCGUGUGGUUCUGGGAUUUUUGCUCACCGUUCUUGUGAUCAUUUUGACCCCACGGGGUGAGAUCUUGCGUGGAGCCCCAGAUCGAGGGAGAUUAUCAGUGGUCUUGUAUGUCUUCCAUUUCCUAAUAAUUGCUCCCACAGUUGAUUUCUUCAAACCAAGCUGCUUACCUAUUGCAGAUUCAGUCUUCCCAGCCUGGUGCAGGUCUACAAUUUUGUUUCUGGUGUCCUUUGACAGCUCUUUGGUCUUGGCCAUAGUGGAGUUUGGAGUGUGACUGUUUGAGGUUGUGGACAGGUGUCUUUUAUACUGAUAACAAGUUCAAACAGGUGCCAUUAAUACAGGUAACGAGUGGAGGACAGAGGAGCCUCUUAAAGAAGUUGUUACAGGUCUGUGAGAGCCAGAAAUCUUGCUUGUUUGUAGGUGACCAAAUACUUAUUUUCCACCAUAAUUUGCAAAUAAAUUCAUUAAGAAUCCUACAAUGUGAUUUUCUGUUUUUUUUUUUUUUUUCUCAAUUUGUCUGUCAUAGUUGACGUGUACCUAUGAUGAUAAAUUACAGGCCUCAUCUUUUUAAGUGGGAGAACUUGCACAAUUGGUGGCUGACUAAAUACUUUUUUCCCCCACUGUAUCUGUGACCAACAGAUGCAGAUCUGUUUUUCAGUCAUGUGAAAUCCAUAGAUUAGGGCCUAAUGAAUUUAUUUCAAUUGACUGAUUUCCAUACACAGUAUGAACUAACUGUUUUAAAGUCCCCGUUGGCCUCAUGGUGAAAUCCCUGAGCGGUUUCCUUCCUCUCUGGCAACUGAGUUAGGAAGGACGCCUGUAUCUUUGCAGUGACUGGGUGUAUAGAUAUACCAUCCAAAGUGUAAUUAAUAACUUCACCAUGCUCAAAGGGAUAUGAAGCUUUUUUUAAUUUUUACCCAUCUACCAAUAUGUGCCCUUUGCAUUGGAAAACCUCCCUGGUCUUUGUGGUUGAAUCUGUGUUUGAAACUCACUGCUCGACAGAGGGACCUUAAAGAUAAUUGUAUGUGUGGGGUACAGAGAUGAGGUACUCAUUCAAAACUCAUGUUAAACACUAUUGCGCACAGUGAGUGCAUGCAACGUAUUAAGCACAUUUUACUCCUGAACUUAUUUAAGCUUGCCAUAAUAAAGGGGUUGAAUACUUCUUGACUCAAGAUAUUUCAGCUUUUUUAUUUGUAAACAUUUCAAAAUGCAUAAUUCCACUUUGACAUUAUGGGGUUGUGUGUAGGCCAGUGACGACAAUCUCAAUUUCAUCAAUUUUAAAUUCGGGCUGUAACAAAUCAAAAUGUGGAAUAAGACUGUAUAUGGCUUUUGAUUAUUUACCAUUAGAUUGGACUGGUGCAGUUGAGAUUUGGAACUGCAAUUAUUCAUUUGUUUUUCAGAUCAAUGAGCAGUUGGAAAUUGUCCACACACCCAAAACCCUAUCCUCCAAAAGAAUAAAAAGGUUGGUUUGCUACGUUUUGUAACCAAGAGCUCCAAAUGUUUUUCUUGACUGCAAACAAAUGCUUGUAUUUAAAAUGUGUUUUUACUCCAUAAAAGGGGUUGUGUUGGCACUGUAGAUAAUAGUUUUACUGAAUUAGGCUACAACUGAUGGAUUGAAUGCCUUUUUUAACUGAGUUUUGUUGUUGUAUCAACAGGUUGAGUGCAGGAGUGCUUUACAUCCUCUGGCUGCAUAUUGGGGGUGGGCCAGAAGGGGUGAAGGUUCACAGGACCUUGCACCUGGCCCUGCAGGAGCUGUUAGAGAGGGUGGUUAGCCCCAGGGGCAGCUCAACACGGGGUGUCAUCGUCUCUGUUUCCACCGCUGGUAGGUCUCAAUAAAGUUCCCUCCAAACAAAUAUAAAUCUGUAGCUUGUUCUUUUGCACUUUACUCUGCUCUUUACUAAUGGCACUAAAGGUUACUGCGGAAGUUUAAUAAGAUAUUGUGUUGUAUAGAUAUAGUAUAGCCUGCAACUAGGUGUCCUGAAUUUCAUUGUCUUGGGUGGAGGUGAAAAAUGUAUUGGUUUGACAUUAAAUAUGAAAAUAAAUCAGUGCAAAUCAAUUAUUUAAUCACUCCAGUAAGCAACCUUACUUUUGCACCCUGUGUGUCUGUCUCAGAUGUAAACGAGUGUGUGACCCAUCUGGUGCUGUGUGAUAUCAAUGCUGAGUGUGUGAACCGCUUUGGUUCCUACACAUGCCGCUGCCACUCCGGGUUCGAGGACAAGUCUAGGCUGGGCUCAGGAACCAUGUGCGUGGACACCAAGGCCGCUGGUACGGACCGCCACAAUGAGUCGACGAUUACGGUGGAUCAGCAUAGUCCUGAGCAGCCGCACCGUAACACUGGUACUCCAUAGAUUUUGGUAGAAUUAUUGUGAAUUGUUCUCUGAAGUACAAGGAAAACAUACAGUAUGACAUUGGUUAGUUCAAAAUCAGUGGCACUGAAGUUGACAAGUUAGACCACCACCCUAACGUUCCCGAUUUAACCCCUGAAAAUGGGUUUGUUUGGUUACCCUAACAGAAUGUUGGACAUAAAAGUGCAUGGUUAUAAAGGUGACUUUGCACUAGGUAAAUUGUGUACUUCUAAUCCUUGCCUAACUUUUGACUUUAGGCUGUACUUCGGCGCGGUCCAGCGGGAUGAUCAAAGGAAUCUACGUGGUGUGCUUCCUGCUCAGCUUCCUCAUCCUGCUGCUCCUCUGUACCGUGGGCGUGCUGUACCACCGCCACCACGGGGGGGCCUUCCUGGUCCACUGUCGGAGCAGCAGCCUUGGGAGCGUCCCCCCCAUCCCCCCUCCUGACUACAAAAACAACGAAUGCAACGACAACCGUUCCAUCCGCACUAACUCAGAGCUGCCCCCUCCGCCCCCACCCAUACGGCGCCCUAAGGAGGGCUGGUCUCACCCCAAGGAUUGCUGCCCCUCGGUGGACCUGCCCCUGCUGCGCUUCAAACCCCCUGCUGCCUCUUGA